CAUCAAGAAGAAGGGGGUAAACGACUGGUCUGAAUGAGACAGCCUUUGGUGGUAAUAAAACAGCAUAUUAUCAAUGGAUCAGGAAAAGCAACGCGGACGUAAGGCAGCUCUUGCUAUAGCUGCCAUAGUUGUCCUCGUGGGGAUUCCACUGUGGUGGAGAACGACAGAGACCUAUCGUGCCUGGUUGCCGAUGUCACAAAUCCGUGAGCUGGAUUCAUUGCAUCUCCACCUUACUCUGGAAGUGGAGGUGGUAUUUGCCCAGGGCACACUUACACCUGAUCAACAACAGAAGCUUCCAGUGAGUCAGGUUCGUGAACAAGAGCACCAUGUGGAUGGCGAAACAGAUAUGAAGUAUAGAUACGAGACCAAAUACCGCACAGCUACGAUCAUGGAGGAAGACGCCCUGAAUCAGCCAAACGCAGCCGAGGCAGAUAAGUCCUUGCACGUCCUGAGUGAGAGUGCUUGUGGUUCUGUUGUUGUAUAUGUGUUACCUGAAUCUUCCACACUGAUAGCAGAAGAUAUAAAAGUGUACGUCGGUCUGAAAAGAACAGCACUGGUCAAAUUUGAACUCCGAAAAGCAGGAACAGGAUUGAAGGAGGUUCUCUCUGCAAUAGACCCUGAAGUGGAGCAGGUGGUCCAGAUUAUGUCCUUUAGCCAUCAGGACAUCAUUGCAGCACUUAGCAACCGCAUCAGACUGGCCAAGAUGAGCAGGGAAAGCCUAGUGGACAGCAUGAGAGCCUUCAAAUCCAGUCCUGGCUAUGAGAUCACAUUCAGUCUGCUGAAUCCCAGCCCCCAGUCCCACAGGCUGCAGUGGGACAUUGAGGCUGCGGUGCAGCAAUACAUUCAGCCUUUACUUGACAAGAUGUCUAUUGUGGCCAAUUUCUCUGUGGAUUCUCAAAUUCUGUACUAUGCUGUUCUUGGGGUGAAUCCUCGCUUUGACAAAACUGCAUCAGCCUACACACUCAGUGCUGACAGCCUUGCCCAUGUCAUUAACCCAGUGGAAGCCAGGCUGGGCUCAAAUGCAGCAUCCUCCAACCCUGUGCUCAACUUCCUCCUCUAUGUCCCAGACCCCCACCACUCCCCACUCUUCAUCCGCGACCAUAGGAAAUGGGAAGUCCCAUCAAAUGCGUUCCACAGUCCUCGUUGGGGCGGCAUUAUGGUCUACAAUGUGAAUGACAUGUACAACAACGACACCAGCUUCCCAGCUGACCUUAAUAUUGAUAUGAGUAAAGUGAUGGGUGUUUUCUUGGCACAGCUCAGGCUACUGUUAGGAAUUCAACAGGUUCAUCCCCCCAAAGGCUUUGAACUCCAGGGCCCAGGCAGUGCAGGAGUGGCCGACUGGGAGCUGGACCGGCUUCUAUGGAGCCGCAGCGUCGAGAAUGUGGCUACGGCCAGUGCGACGAUCACCUCUCUUUCCCAACUACUGGAUGAAAUUGGUAACAUUGUCAUUAAUGACAAUAUUGCACAACAAGUACUCAAUGCAGUGACUUCUCUACAGGCAGCUAUUGCUGAGCUGGAGGCUGGAAACUUAGCCUUUGCAUUGCAAUACAGCAGAGAAGCUAUUUUAGCAUCUGAAUGUGCAUUUUUUGAUCCAUCAUUGUUGCAUUUGCUCUAUUUCCCAGAUGAUCAGAAGUUUGCUAUCUACAUCCCUCUGUUCUUACCAAUGUGUGUCCCGAUACUGCUCUCACUGCUGAAGAUUUUUAGUGAGAUGCGACAAAUGAGAGCUGAGAAAAGAGCCAAAAAAGACUAACAGUCCCUCUUUCUUAACUAUACACACAUACACACACACACACACACACACAGGUGUGCACACUUGCACGUGCCAACACACACACACUCACACUGUUCAAACUGUUUCCUCAGGUACUGACAGAUACAUGUAGAAGACACUGGAGCAGAGCCUAAUUAACUGUUUGGUCAAUGUUGACUCUGUUGUUUCUGUAUCUAGGUUUUGUUUGCUUUGUUUGUCUAGGUUUGUUUUGUUUAAAUAAAUAAAUUGUACACUGUUAGGGUCAUCCAAUACAUGCCUGUUAAUGAGCGAAAACAAGGUUUUGUUAAACGAAUUACCGGAAAAACAUGCGUUUUUGUGGAACGUUUGUGUGGAACAGUGUGGGAUGUUUCUGAUUGAAUAAUGAAAAACAACCAAAAUGGACCACAGGAAAGUGUGGUAGUCGGACAUUUUUAGUGAACUUGUAGACCUCUGCAGUUAAUAUAUUGUGUCACUGUUUAGCAUAACAAUAACUAACAGACAUAGUUAAUGGUCAAGAUUACUAUACUAGUUUCCACUGCAGCCAAAGGCAGUCUCCACGUGACCAUUUCAAAAUUCCUCAAUUCAUGAAACUGCCCCUGAAUAUCCAAAUAAUAUUUGCUUUCAAUGUCUUUGGUCAAGAGCGAGUUAUUUUCUUCCGUUCUCAUGGCCGUGUACUUACCUUGAACAUGCAGGCUCCCAAUUUGAUUGAUGGACAAAGAGCAAACCAAAGCAAAAUAAAUGUGCUACUUUAACACCAUGGGAUCUUGGACGCAUCUUAAGCGUCCAAGUUUGCACAUCGCAAGAUGUAAAACUUAAGCGCAAACAUUGAUGAGUCAAGUCCGCUCAAUGCCCCCAUUUACAUUUAGGCUACAUUCAUUCAAUUGACACUUUUAUCCAAAGCAACUUACAACAAUAAGAAAUUACAUUUAAACUACAUUGCAGAUGAGGUCUCAGGUAACAAUUACUACAACAACAAAUAGUACAUGUAUUAUAGAUGUACCGCAAAGCGGUACAAAAUAAGACCGCCCCCUCAGUCCUGCACAUUCUCUCCGCAAAAAUAAAUCACGUUUGUCAA